UCGAGGCGAGUGCGCGGGAUGGUUUCUUGGGGACAGUGCCGGACGCUCUUAAACAUUUGUGAAGUUAUUGGAGUUUGUGACUAUAUUGCAGCUCUAUUUAAUGAAAUAAAGUUUAGCAGUGACUGCGAUAAGUGUAGGAGGGAGGUGACUCGUCGAUGCCCUGGAGUAGCAUGUGAAAGGUGCAGUGAUUGGUACCAUGUGGAGUGUGUGGGGCUUAAGGGGGUAGGAGUGACAGUGAUGUGAUAUGGUUUGGUGAGACAGGGUGGCAUGACACCACUGAGUGGAGUGAAGGAGUCCAGCUAGUUAUAGGGAGAGGUAGACAGGUAGGACAAAAGAAAGAAAGGAGGGGUGAGAGUGAUUGUAAGGGAAAAGGAAGGUAGGAAUGUGGAGGAAAUCAAGUUAACAAGGGAGAUGGAAGGUUGAUUAGGAUACAAUAAGGGUGAUGUCCUAACAGUAAAGAUCAGGGGGGAUAGGACUGAGUGACAGUGGUAUAUAUAGGGGUGGAGGGCUGCAGGAAUGAGGAGGAUAAUUUAGAUAACUUUAUGAGGCAGUGGCUAGCCUGAAGGAGAGAGUAGGGCACAAUAAAUGGGUCAUAAUGGGUGAUCUGAAUGGGCAUGUAGGAUUAAUGGAGGAUACGGUGAAUCAAAAUGGGCAGCUUAUUCUAGAUUUUACUGCUGACAUGGGAUUAAGGAUAAAAAAAAAUUGGGUGCUGGAUAACCUUGUUACAUGGAGGGAUUGGAGAAGUGAGUCUGCAAUAGAUUAUGUCAUGGUCAAUGAUUAGGUAGGUAGAGAAACAGGGAUGUAGGAUGUGGAAAAAUGAAGUAGACAUCUCAGACUACUUCUUGAUAGGAAUUACUUGUGGAAAGAUUAGGAAAAGUACUGGAGUUAGGAGGGUAGAAUGGAAGAAAAAGUGGAAUGUAAAGAAUGCAGGCUGGAUUGAAUACUGUAGAGAAAUGGAGGAAACAAUGCUAGGAGAAAUAGAGGAGUUAAGAAGGGCAAUAAGUGAAUGGGAAGGUUGCAUCAUAGAAAACAUAUCAUGUCAGGCAAAGAAGUCAGUAGGGCUAAAAAAAUUUUAAGGUAAGGAAAACAAACCUGCAAGGCUGGUGGUAUGAGAAGGUAGCUAAGGCAAUAGGUGACAGAAAAAGAGAAAAGCGGAAACAAAGGAACCUAACUUGACUGACAAAGAAAUUUGAAGGGAGAUACAAAAUGGAAUGGGCAGAAGCUUGGGACAACUAAUUACAAUAAGGCAAAUAAUCAAAAGUAAGAUAGAGAGAUGGGAGGAAGAAUAAGCAAGAAUUCUGAACGAAAUGUCUUGGAGGGAGAGAGAAAAGGAAGCGUGGAGCCAAUUGAGGAGAAACUUGGGUGGGACAGAUCCACAGGUGGUAAAGUUAAAUAAAGGUGAAAGGCAGGGAGGCAAGCAGCAAGGAGGAGGUAGUGUCCACAGUGGAGGAGUACUGGAAUAGAAUCAUAUGGGAAGAGGAGGAAGUAUGAUAUAGGUUUAUAGCCAAGUUAGGGAAAUGGGUAAUGUGGAGAUGAAGCAGGACAAAGAAUUGGCAAUUAUAGUUUGUUCACUUUAGUUUGAGCCGUGAAGCCGAGCCUCAUUUGUAAGGAGACCGCUAAUUGGCUGGCCUCCUCUCACUCAACUUGUGUUGAAAGGCUGUGUCAUGAAUGCUUUGUGGUACAUGCUUUUGUUUUAUUUGUUAUAUCUCAUCUUAUACACAUAACAGAUAGUUUCUGUUGGUACCGUUACACUCAAUAGUAAAUGCAGAAGCUUUGAUACUCGGGGAAAAACAAUUAAUAAGCAACUAUAAAGAAGUUUUAGCGUGUUGAAGUGGAACACUUUUCGCGACUUUUUUAUGACACGGUUUACUUAUCAUCAUAUCCUUUGGAUAUAUUUAAAGGAAUGCUGUUAUAAAUUAUUGCAUUUCAUAAAAGAAUGUCUCCUGAAUGGUAUGCAACUUCCAAAUUAUAGUUAAAAGAUAAUGUAAGUGAAUUACAUAAUUAUUUAUGAGACGGUGUCACUCGCGGUGACAGUGGGCAGCCCGGCACGAUACUGUAUUCAGGAGGUGAGGAUGGAGGUAAGGCGAGAGUUGAUUGGCUGGCACGCUCCCCGCUCACUCUGUUGAGAAGCUGUGUACUGACUGCUCUCGUGGUACAUGUUUAUGUAUUAUUCCUUAUAUCUUGUCUCAUGCACAUGACAGAUAAUUUCUGUUGGUACCUUUAGCCUGAGCAGUGAAUGCCGAACUUUCGAUACUCGAGGAAAAAAUAGCAAUAUGCAACAAUAAAGAAGUUUUGACGAGUUGAAGUGAAGGCUGCAUUGCGAUAACUUUAUAACACAGUUUAUUUAUCAUCAUUUUCUGUGUAUAUAUUAUAAGGAAUGCUGCUUUAAACUAUUGCAUUUCAUCAAGGGAUGUCUCCUGAAGGUAAUGCAACUAUCAAAUCAUAGUUAGAAGAUAAUGUAAGCGAAAUAGAGAAUUAUUUAUGGGAAAGUAUGACUCGCGAGGAAGGGCGUGGCGGAGUGUCGCCAGGGAAGACACACUGCUGGUUCACCUUGAUCCAGUCACAACUGGAUUACGCUCCCAAAGUCCCACCACAGGGUCUGUGGCCUCACUUAAAAAUACUGUAUGUACAGUAAUUUGGUAAGUUGGUAUGUAAAAACGAACGACAAUGUACGUAAAGCAUUGUAGCUACAUGUAUUGUUCGUAUACAUAUGCAGCCUCACCCAGCAUCUUCCCUUGUUGUAUCCAAAGCCCAUAGAAUAGAAGGUCGACCCAUGCACAGCUCUAAGGGGAAAAGAGAUGGGACAGGAUCUUCCUCUCCCUCUGCCUGCUGAGCAAAUCAUACUUACCUGGCACAGGAGACAAAUUUUGUGAAGGCUUCUCUGCCUCCUAUUACUGCCCCACACCCUCUACUUGCCAGCUGCUGAUGGACUGAUGCUAGAACACUAGAGGGAACAGGACCUAUGAAGCAGUACAAAGCGUAAAAGGUCACAAGAAUAAGAAGAUGAGCAGAUUUGGUGCUUGCACUUAGGCCACUCACUCACUCACUUUCUCACUCACUCACUAAUAAUAACACUUGCUGAAAAUGUCUAAGAAGAAGUACACUGAGCUGAUGAAGCUGGACAUUUAUGAAAUACUCGGGUUGUCCCUUGGAGCAGAUGAGUCUGAGAUUAAAAAAGCUUACAGGAAGAAGGCAUUGAAGUGCCAUCCAGACAAGAACCCAGACAAUCCUGAUGCAGCUGCAGAAUUCAACCAGCUGCAGAAAAUUUUAGAAGUUCUUUUAGAUGCAGGAACAAGAAAAGCCUACGACAAGCUUCUCAAGGGACGUAAGGCAGCAAAGCUUCGAGCGAGGGAAGCUGAUGCCAAGACUCAGAAGCUGCGGUCAGAACUUGAGGAGCGGGAGAGGAGAGCGCAGGAACAACCAUGCCUGUCUGAGGAGGAAAGGUUCCGGCGAGAGUUGAAGCGUCUGGAGGAGGAAGGCAGGAAACUAAUUGAGGAGGAGCUGGAGAGGGUGAACAGGAAAGUGGAGGAAGAGCUGAGAGGAAGAAAUGGAGCCCCAGGAGGGACAUCUGAGGAGGCCAAGAGUGCUGCACCUCAGGGCCACAAGAUUAAGGUUAAGUGGGCAGCCACCGAGGACUGGCCAGGUUACACUGAGGAAGAGAUUCACCACCUCUUUUAUAAGUGGGGAGACAUCAAUGCUCUGGUGAUGAAACAGAGAACCAAGAAAGGAACAGCAUUAAUAGAUUACAAGACCAAGCAAGGAGCAGACAUGGCUGUGCAGUUUGAGAAGGGCAUGUUAGGCAAACCGAUUGAGGUAACACAUGUGACUGCUGAUCCCAAGAAACCAGCCACCAAGGAACGGAAACCCAAGGAAGAGUCUGUGGACCUGAAGCCGAACUAUGAUUUUGAGUCAGUGUCUGCCAUGAACCAGAGGAGACAGGCAGAGCGCAAGAAACUCAUCCAACAGAUCAUGCAGGAGGAAGGCAACAGUGAGAGCAGAUGAAGGUGUGUGGCACCAUCGGUGUCUUUUAUUUAUUGGGUCAUUUGGUUUUGUACAUUCCAACUGCAUUAUGGGACAGUUCUCAAAGUUCAUGGAAGUAAAAUACUAUUAAAGUGUUAAAAUUGUGUUGCUAAUGAAAGGAAAAAAAAUGGACAUUGACUAUAAAUGAAAGGAUAUGUACAAAACUUUGUUUAAGAAAAAAAAAACAAUAAAUAAAAAAACCCCAAAACAUUUGGUAAAAAAAAGUAUGUGUUUUGUGAGUCCCUGAAGAAGCCACCUAUGCUAAGGUAGGCAAAGAUCAUAAAUUAGAAUAACUGUGACUGUAAUUGAGUUGUCUUGCUUCGUGUUAGUUGAAGGUGUAUCUGUUCUUAGUUCAGUGUUUGUUCCUUGACAUGUGAUGUUUGAGAGCUGGUGAUGGAGAGCCAUGAUCUGAAUCACUACUGUUCUACACUUCCAGUAUUUUCAAAAGAUUUGUUGAGACUACAAAGGUUUUCAAUGGUGCUUAUAUUGUUCUCGUGACAUCAACAAAAGUUCUACCUUACUAACAGGAGGAUUAUUCAUGAAAACAUAGCUAAUCAUGUCUAGCUUUUGAAAAUAGUUGUGAUGAGAGAGCAAGGUGUUUGAGAGUGUUGGUCAGAAAGUAGAAUUUGUUUAUUCAUUAAGUGUGGUUUUGUAGUGUCAGUGGUAUGGUAUGGCAUCACUGGUGCAACUUAGAAGAUAAUCAUCACUAAAAUGUUCAAAUGUUCAGGUCUUCAUCAUCAAGAUUUGGUAAAGUUACAGAGCAGUGUGUUGGUGAGUGUUGUGGCAUUUUUUUCAUUUAUUAUUUUUUUAUUUGUUUUUCUUAACAAGGGGGCUCAGGCCUAGGACAACAAAAAGACUGUAAAUAAGACUUCACUUAAGCUACCAGUACCUAAAGAGUAGUCAAAAGCUUUUGAUUACCCAAAAAUAAUGAGGAAGAUAGUUUCUAUAAAAAUACGAAAUAGUAUUCGCACCUCAAAAGUAAAAGUAUAUUUUCUUCAGUGUCCUUUUGAAUCAGUGUAAGGUAGCAAAAGUGAACACAAGGCAUAAUGAAUGGUUAAUGGUGUGAUGUUCCUCUUAACUUCUUGUAAGUGAAGUUGGGAGUCUAAAGGUGUAUAUUUAAGUAUACUUAGUCACUUGAACAUUGUACUUUCUCUCUUGGCUUGUUGUAAGGGAAGCUAGGGAAAUAGAAGGAUGUAUUGAAGUUCAUAUUGUCAUUCAAACAUCAUAUUUUCUUCUCUUACUCCUUUUAAGGAGAGGAAAGAGAAUUCAAACAUUGUACUGUCUCUCCUGGUUAAUUUUAAGUGAUUUUUUUAUUUAUUUAUUUUAUUUUUUUUUAAGAUUGAAAUGGUUUGUUGAAGUCUUCAUUGUUGUCUUAUCAGUUCUCUUGAUUGAAGUAUAUUUUCUAUGUGAAUUCAGGAGUAUCUAAAUAUAUCUCGACGUCAUGCAUCAACACAUCUCGUGAAUGAAUCCCAAAUAUACAUAUUUUCAAA